UCUGGGCAACUGUUCUACAUAAUGAGAUUUGCGGCUUGCGUCAUGGUCAGUAAAGGCAGGCUUCAAACGUAUCCAGCCAGAAGAAAGUAGAAGUGAACUGUGGGGGAGAGGAAAAAGUUCGCAAGGAGAGGCAGGACAACUCUUGGGAGCCCUGCAGUCUCACUUUAUGCCUCCAAAAUACUUUCUUUCCAGUUUAUUUGCAUCUUGUAAUAUUGCUAUAGUACUUUCACAAGAAUAACCCAACUUUUUCAAAACUGAAACGACCAUGGAGCUGCUUUGCCUCGAAGUGGACACCAUCGUCAGAGCUAGUCUUGAUCCGAAUCUUCUGUGUGAUGACAGGGUAUUACAAAGCCUGUUGACCAUUGAAGAACGUUUUCUUCCACAAUGUUCAUAUUUCAAGUGCGUUCAGAAAGAUAUUCAGCCAUUUAUGAGGAGGAUGGUUGCGACUUGGAUGCUGGAGGUUUGUGAAGAACAGAAGUGUGAGGAAGAGGUUUUUCCCUUGGCAAUGAACUACUUGGACAGAUUUUUAGCCGUGGUUCCAACCAGAAAGUGUAAUCUGCAACUUCUUGGAGCAGUUUGCAUGUUCCUUGCAUCCAAACUGAAAGAAACUCGUCCAUUAACUGCAGAGAAACUCUGCAUCUACACAGAUAACUCCAUCAGACCACAGGAGUUGCUGGAGUGGGAGCUGGUGGUGCUGGGGAAGUUGAAGUGGAACCUGGCGGCUGUCACUCCAAAUGACUUCAUAGAGCACAUUGUGAGGAAGCUGCCAUUGCCCGAGGAGAAGUUAGUGCUGAUACGCAAACACGUGCAGACCUUCAUUGCCCUCUGUGCUACAGACUUCAACUUUGCAAUGUACCCCCCGUCCAUGAUCGCCACAGGCAGUGUGGGAGCAGCUAUCUGUGGCCUCCAGUUGGACUCGGGUGACCAGUCACAGUGGGGGGACAGUCUCACAGACCUGCUGGCCAAAAUCACCAACACUGAAGUGGACUGUCUGAAGGAGUGUCAGGAGCAGAUUGAGAGGGUCUUGGUGAGCAGCCUGCGAGAGGGUCGGCAGCAGCAACAGCAGCAGCAGCAGGUCCAGCGUGGCCCCAGCAGUAAGACCAUGGACGAGCUGGAUCAGUCCAGCACCCCAACGGAUGUUCGCGACAUCAACUUGUGAGCCUGCAAAAAGAGAAGCAGCGCAUCCGGAAUACGCAUCAAAUCAACAUAAAAAAAACAACAAAAAACAAAAACAACAAAAACAAACUACCCCUUGAAAAAAAAUGCUUGCUAAUUUUUUUUAGAGAUUUUUUUAUUUUGUUAUAUAAAAACAUGCGCCCAUGUAUUGUAUGAAAGGAAAGCUAUUUUUAGAUAUAAAAUAGAUAUACUUUAAAAGCUAUGAAUUGAUAUAUGGACGCUCUAUGGUGCCUCAGAUAUACAGAAGGCAAGCCAAUUAUAUCUUGCGUUCUGUUUUUGAUGGUAUAGUCAUGAUAAAGUUAUAUCGAAUAAGACAACAAUAGCUUAAUGAGGAGUUCAAAAAUGUUUGGGGAGACCAUUCCAGGCUUGCAUAUAUGGGAUCAGAAUCGGGGCAAGUUUUUUCUGUGUUGUUUCGUUAAUUAUUUUGGUUAAUGUUGGUCUGCCAGAGAUAGGAGCCCAGUAAAGGCUCCGCUGGCCGUGAAUGGCAGGUCUCAACGUGGCAUAGUUUGGCUGUGUGUUGGGGACGAGGGGAGCACUUUGCAGGAAUUGCAGAGUGUUGUGCUAAGAAAGAGACAAGUAGGGUCCAUGGAACAGCCAAGUAUAUAAUAGUGAAUUACAUUAUUAUGAUUAUUAUUAUUCAGAAACGUAUUUGUGAAUACAGAGUAAUAGACGUCAAUAAGCUCUUUUUGUCAGGCUGAUUGUUGUGUGUGUGUGUGUGUGUGUGUGUGUGUGUGUGUGUUGGCUUGGCGCUUGAGUGGAAAGACUAGACUAGUGGUAGACUAUGGAACAGGCAGAAGACUCAUUCUCUGCAGGGCAUCUAUGUUAUAUCACUGCCUUAAGUUAAUAUGCGUUGUUGGCCGACAAAAAGCUGGGGGUCUGAGUCCACUUAGUGGGUGAGAGAGAGAGAGGGGCGGCUGUGUUCCCUCAUUUUUGUCUAGAGGAGUUUGGCAAUGGACCAUCUUUCUUUCAGAAGUUUCAUUCGAGGUGUUUGUGUUUUUCACUGCCAACAUACCAAUCAAAUAGUGUUUGUAUUUUUCUGUUGUUGUUGAGGUUUUGAGUUAUUUUGUUACGGAAGGAGCUUCAGGCUGCUUAGCGUCAGCAGGGAGGAGUGUGUGCCCCUCUUGAUGGUACAUUAGUAUCUCAGAGGAGAGGGGAGGCCUGUGGUCUGUGGUGGUUGUAUGGGGUCUGGGGGGUGGACAGGUAUAGAUGGAAAGAAAGGGUUUGUUGCAGUGCAGAAGCAUGUUGCUGUGUAGAGGAAGGAGAUGUAGUGGAGUUGCUGAAAGAUACAGGAGAGGAGCCUAAUGGCCUCAUAUGACAUCUAUCUGAUUUCUGCGUUUUGGGCAGACUGAGGCCACGGGUGGCAAAUUAGGAUCAAAACUAGACUCAUUAUUUGAGAAUGAACUUUCUGGGUUCAUUAGAAGAGAGGAAAAUGUAUUGGAGCAGGGGAAGAUUUGUGAUCAAUGCAUCUGUAGUCCCUCAUAGAGUUGUUUCCAACGCGCCUGUGAUUUCAACAGCAAAGCACUUUGAAAACACACUCCCCAAUGGACAAAUGAAAUGGUUACGGUGUGGGGAUCUAUGGAUGCUUUCUGUUUUCUCGUUAGCUUUUACUUUGUAGGGCUGGUUUCCCACAUUCAGAUGUACCCACUUGGCAAGCAGGUGUCAAAAUAAUGCCUAACACCUUAUGACAUGAGGACAUUCCGAUCUGAAAACAUUCCGAAAUAAAGAAAAGUGCAAGGUGAAAGGAGCGUCUGACCAUUUUUCAUGUGUUUUAACAAAUAACCAAUGCCAAUUAAAAACAAAAAAAAAGGCUACAGACAAGGUUAAUGAUUUAGUUUUUAUUUGAGAAGUUAUCACAUUAUAAAAUAUUUGUUCUACUUGAAUUUUCUAUUUGACCUGCUUCACAGCAACAACAUAAAGUCACAUGGGUGGGAACAAUACAGAAAACGUUAUCAUAGAACAUCAGGUGUUCUGAGGGCAAAUGAGGUUUUCUUUCAAAAAGAUGAAGCUGUUCUAUGUUCAACGCUACCUUAUUGAUGGUUUUGCUAGUAGAGCCUGGCCUGUUGUCUUCGGGUGAUGCCCCUGUGUGGCUGUGCUGUCCCCGAGGCUGUGCAGGCCUGACUGAUGUCUGUGAACCCGUAGUGAUAAUUCUAUCUCUGCGUGUACCCCUCUCGUCCAGUGACAUAUGCUGCUUCAGUCACUUCAUUGGCAUGGGGUUUGAUCAGUCACCCAGACGUCAGAAUUAGACUAAUUCACUUCCAAGACUGACACAGGGUACAUCGCCAGCACAAGACAGCCUUGAUCACGCAAUAUUCUCAUUGCUACAUUUAAAGGUGGAUCGAGGUUUUGGUGUGUUUUUUGUUCUUCGCGUGUGUGUGUGUACGUUUGUUUGUGUUUGCAUGUGUGGUAGGUAUGAGGGGAAAAUGAGGAUUCAGUGUUUUAGCAGGCUACUCAAAAUAAAUGUUUUUCAGGAAAACGUUUUCUAGAAACCAAUCUUAUAAACAAGGCCAUCUUCAACCUCACCAAAACUAGCCCCUGUUCAUCAUUGUCAAGGAUGUCUGCCCUUUCUUUUCCUCUGCAAGCUCUAUUCUGAGCAUAGAUGAUGAUUAGUUUGUUUUUACAAAGUAGUUGACUGUGUUAGGUUUGAAUUUGUAUUUAGACCACCUUCAAUUUGUGUUUUGUUUUAUUUGAUGGGGUGUCCAGACCCUCAGACAGUUUGUAGAGCGUUUGUAAGGGGUUAGAUACUGUAUUCCAAAGUGAAGAGAGAUGGAGGAGGUGUCAAGACAUCAAAGUGUCAAUAUUUGUAUUGAGUUAUUAUUAUUGUCUUUUCGCGCUGCUAAAAGCUAUGAUUUUGUUUCAUUCUUAUAUACAAAAAAAAAAUGACAUUACUUAGUUGUGAUGUGUCACUUGAGUGUGCUGCUAUUUUAUAAACAUUUGUAUUAUAAUAUAAUUAUUUUACUGCUUAAGAGAUACAUUCAGAAUACUGAAGUAGAUGGUAAUAGAAGAACAUGACAUGAGUAUUCGACUGGAAAUGUUCUUUGUACAGUUUGCUUAGAUAGCAUGUUUCUUUUCCUUUUGAUCUAUUUUGCUCUACUUUCUCAGUCACAUUGCGGUAUCUCUAUACCUCAGGUUUACUGGACAUAAAAAAAGAAUAUCUGAAUACCUCACAACUCUACAGUUUUUAGGGAGCCUGGGAAGGGUAACAGUACAGUAGAAAGCACAGGGGUUUUGUGUGUUGUGAAAUGUACUGACCUUGUUGAGUGGCAAGCAUGCAAGGCUCCCGCCUGGACUUAAACCCUAGUGGAGGGUGAACAACAACAAGUCACCACUUCCUUGGUCAGUUUAAGUUGAUGGUGGUGCUAAUUGUGAGACUCAUGGGACAGUCAUUGCAAAGACAAAUGUGAAAAUGUCUCAAAUAUCAUUGAUGAUUAAUUACAUGGUUUGUUCCAAUUAAUGUCGAUGGAUUUUGGUUCUUAAGCUUGAUUUGAUGAGCUUAGUUGACCUGUGUGUUCCAGGUGGUCCUAUUGUCUGGAAAACCAAUACAAAAAUGGCUAAACCAAUCCAUCAAAAAGCUCACCACAUACUGCAUCUGACAUGAGGAAGUGUGUUUCAACAGCGGGGAUUUUGCUUUAGUUGUCCCCCUUCCACUAGAAGUUACAUAAUGUACCUCAGAAAUGUCUGUUGCACAACCUCUGUUCAAUAAACUUCUGCUUUAAAGAGUCUGACACCAUACCAGUCCAAUGUUAUUCUAAUUUCUGUUUUCUUUUUGUAUGUUAUUAUGGUUAGUGGAGCAGAUUGUAGGAUGUGAUUGUGUACAUAAAGUGAGGUGAACACUAGAGGUUGCUGUAGUCAUGAAACCAAGAGGACUGGAGAGCUGUUAAGUGGAGUGGAGCUGAGAUUGUGGGGCAACUGAGGAUACUGCAGUCUGGUUAAGGGCAACAACAAAAAAACAACGAAUUAAAACAAAAGUUAAGAAGACGGACCCCCUGCUUGAAUACCAACCAAAACUUGCUAUUAAGAAUGUGUUUAUUUCUGUUGCUUCCCCUGUAUGACGUCGUCUGAAGUGUUAACACACUAAUCAGUCAGGUUUCAAGCAAGUGGGAUAUUGGUGUCUGUCUGAGUUUGUCCUCUGACUCUGGGGCCCUAAGGCACUCUUAUGCAGCUUCUUGUUGGGCUGUUUUUUAGGGGGGCUGGAUCAUGUAGGCCUAGUAAGUGAAUAAGUUGGUUUCGAUGUUAGCGUUGAAUUCAGUAUUGAUAACUUCUGUUUAUGAUUAAUCAGCUCUUUAUUGGUCUGUCUGAAAGGAUCCCUUAAAGUGUUAAAGGUCAAGGCAUGCUGUACAAUCAAUAAACUCACCAUGAAUUAAA